CGUCAGAUAGCCAAGAAACUCGGGAUGGUGCAGAGGAGUAUAUCGCUGACUAGUGAUGUUUGGUAAUCAAAAUUGUUGUUUACCACGAUUAUGAAAAUGAAUCAUUACACCAACCUGACAAGCAGCAGUGUGGUGACAGAUAUCAGUGAUUUCACGCUUAAUUAGAUAUGUGUGUGUCGAACAUAAGUCGUGCUACCUUUCAGUGAUCGGAUGAAGAAGUGUAGGUAAUUGUGGGUGGGCAGGCUGGUGAGAUCUUUUCAGGAUUAAAAUAUCGGAGAAGACCAAGCUAUACACACGUACCUUCGAUGGAGUUGAGGGUAGCGCUGAUCUCGCUGGCUUUGUUGACGUUCGUCGGCCAAGCUAUCGGGAGACACGGCUUGCAGCUAUUAGUCGAACCUCAGGAUGUGGUCGUAGAACAGGGAGCUGAAGCUCGUUUGGACUGCGUGCCGAAUCGAUCACUCGGCACCCCGACCAUACAAUGGAGGACGGAUGACGGGCAGCCUAUCUCUUUUAUAGGGGAUACUUACAGAUCACAGCUGGAGAACGGAUCUUUGUAUAUAAGCAGCGUUUACGCGGGAAAUCCUGAACUCACGGGAGGCUAUCAGUGCCUUGCUUCCAUUGAGAAUAUCGGUGCCAUCGUAUCAAGGAGAGCUACUAUUAGACUUGCCAGUUUGCCAGGGUUCGAGAGAGAGCCACAAGACACUAUGGUUUAUCCGGGCCAAGUAGCUUACCUAAGUUGCGUUCUUCCGUUAUCGGCGAGUCCUUUAAAGAUACAAUGGCUCAAGGAUGAGCAUCCAUUUUCGUUGGACGAAAGCCGAAUGACCGUUUUGCCGUCAGGUGCUUUGGAAAUAGAUCACGCACAACCACUAGACGUUGGAUCGUACAGGUGUAAUGCCAGCGGACUUGGGCAGUAUAGACUUAGUAACAAAGCGCAGCUAAAUUUAUUGACCUCUGACAUUGAUCAGGGACUUACAGCGCCCAUAUUUGUUGCAAAACCUUCGGAGCAAAUCGCUAUUGAAGGGACGACUAUUACUUUGGAAUGCGCAGCUAAUGGCAACCCAAAACCAACAAUUCUUUGGCUCAAAGAUGGGAUCGCAGUUGAUUUGGCACCACUGGAUUCAAGGUAUCGAAUAGUAGCCGCAUCCAGUCUCAUGAUUACCGAUAUCAGAGAGAUAGAUAACGGAUCGUAUCAGUGCAGGGCAGAAAAUGAAGUUGACGCCCUGGACGCAGUUGCCGACGUCACGGUGCAAGUUCCACCCAGAUUUAUCAAAAAACCUGAGGACCGAGUUGCGAACGAAAAUCAGGAUCUCGAAUUGGAGUGUAAAAUAUACGGAAAGCCAGAACCCAAAGUAACGUGGUUAAAAAAUGGUGAAAAAAUUACGCCAAGUGUUUAUUGGCAGCUUGUUAAUGGUGACAAUCUUCGUAUAAAUGGAUUGCUGCGAAUCGAUGCUGGUAUUUUUCAAUGCAUUGGUGUAAAUCCUGCCGGUAGUGUUCAGGCUUCGGCACGUCUUUUCAUACAUCAGCCGAAACCCUCAGGAAAAGUUGAAAAGCGUAAACCGUCAAAUCCCAAACACCCACCCAAGAAAAACCUUCAUCGACAGUUGUAUAACAACACGUGGCAGCACCCGGACACAUUGCUGGGUGAAACCUUGUCGGCUUACGCCCCAAAUCCUGAAAUAUCCAUUAGUCCUUCGGACGAUCCCGCUGAAAUAUUGGGCAUUAUGAGCAAUCCUGAAUUCCCGCUGAUUCCUGAACCCAAUUUUAUAGAUGAAACCGAUACUCUGGAUUCGAUCAAAGGCAGUGCACCAUCGGCUCCGAGAGAUCUAAACGCUGUUUUAAUUUCAACGAGAUUUGUUACUCUCGGGUGGCGCGAGCCUGAGAAUACCAAUGGAGAUAUACAGAUAUAUCAUGUUUAUUACAAACAAGAAGAAUCGCCAAGGGAACGCGUUUUAAACACGUCGCAAAACAGAUUGGAAGGUGUCAUACAAGGUUUACAACCAAACACUAAGUAUCAGUUUCGCGUCGUUGCAAGAAACGAACGUGGACUCGGAGCAUCUAGCGCGAUCCUGCGCAUAACAACUCAAUCAGAGGCUGACGUUCCUGGACCUCCUUUGAAUUUGGAAGGUCAAGCGACUAGCAGCCACAGCAUUGACCUUACUUGGGAAGAACCAGUCGUAAAAAAUGGACACAUCAUUAAAUAUCUGAUUACGUAUAUAGAGGGUGACAGCGAAGGGAAAACUAACGAGACUGUUGAAACUAGGUACAGGCUUUUGAAUCUCACGCCAUUCACUGAAUAUAAUUUUUGGGUCCAGGCUGUUAAUGAAAACGGACCCGGAGCUUCGACCAAUGAAAUAACAGUCCGAACUCUCAGCGCGUCGCCAACGCAAUCACCGUACAAUGUUACUUUAGAGGCAGCAAAUUCUACUAGUAUAAUAAUACGCUGGGAACCGCCGUUAGAAGGAAAAAAUGGCGUAAUAACCGGCUAUCAGAUUCGAUAUCGUCAGAAAGGCAGAAAGCAAUGGAUACCUAUAACGACACAGGGGAAUCAGAAAAUGUAUCAAUUAAACGGACUGGAGAAGAACGUUGUUUACCAUCUCAAAAUAUGUGCAUUGAAUGUCAACGGAAGCGGACCUUGGAGCGAUUUGAUGGAGAUCGAACCGUACGAAAGAGAUUUGGACGAAAGUAAAGUUCCAAAUUCUCCGACUAAUUUAAAAACCAAGCCAAUGUCAGAUUCGAUAUUAGUUUCAUGGAGCCCGCCAAAGGACCAGAAUAUCAAGGUUCGAGGCUACACUUUGGGCUGGGGAAAAGGAUAUCCGGAUAAUUAUACACGGAAAUUGGACAGCAAACAACGCUAUUUUACAAUCGAAUCAUUGGAACCGUUAGCCGAGUAUGUCAUUACCCUUCGAGCCACUAACGCAGUUGGAGAGGGAAUCCCAGCUUACGCCAAUGUUCAAACGACAGCGCGUUCGGUUGCCGAAUCUGUGGCACCUUUGAUUCCACCUGUUGGACUUAAAGCCGUCGUCCUUUCCGCCAGUACGAUAAUGGUUUAUUGGACAGACAGCACGCUGUCAAAGAGCCAGUAUGUAACUGACAAAAGGUACUAUGUGGUACGUUACACCUCUCAUCAUCACAGCAGCAAUCCAAGAUACAAAUAUUACAACUCUACUGAUCUGAACUGCAUGAUCGUUGAUCUGAAACCAAACACACAAUACGAAUUCACUGUCAAAUUGGUCAAGGGAAAGCGAGAAUCUCCUUGGAGCAUGGUAGUGCCGAAUACAACUCAUGAAGCACCGCCCAGUUCGCCGCCUCGAGAUCUCUCUGUUCAAAGCGUCGAGGAUCAUGCGACAGCAGUAAUGCUUCAUUGGCUGCCGCCAAAGCAACCUAAUGCAGCGAUUACUGGAUACAUUAUCUCCUAUACAACGGACAACACAAAAUGGGACAGGGACUGGAGGGUCGAGGCGAUAAUUGGCGAUCAGAGUGAGAUCAUGAUAAAAACUCUUCAGCCUAGUACAACUUAUUAUUUCAAAAUUCAAGCUCGGAACGCCAGAGGAUACGGCCCGUUUUCUUCUUCUGUAGCUUUUAAAACACCUCCAAGUACUCCAACAGAUGGACGGCUUUCGAGCUUGAUGAUAUGCAUAAUAGUCGGCCUCUCCGUCGUUGUCAUAACCGGUGUCGCUGUAGUCGUUGUGGUCAUGUGUUGUCGUCGACGCCCUGAGUCCCCGGAUCAUAAAAAGGGGUACACAAAAGAUUCUAAUCAGAAAACUAACAUCAAGCCACCUGAUCUGUGGAUUCAUCAUGAUCAAAUGGAACUCAAGGCUCCUGAGAAGUCUUCGAUCAACGGUGAAGCUUGUUCGAGCGGAGUGGGCAGCAAUACUCUUCCCAGAUCCGGUAAUCAGGAUUACAAUCAAGAAAAUAUGCACAUCAAUUCAAGCUCCUUGGAUAAGCGUACUUAUGUACCUAGUUACAUGGGUAACAACGACGAAAAAUGUUCUACCCUAACAAGACAACACAAUCGAGGAAGUCAUAAACCCAAACUCAUUACCCUUCCUGUCGACACUCUUUCUCCGCAUCAGCCCAUCGCCACAGCUACUCCCAUUGUAAACAGCAGUAUGUCACAACCAGCGAUUCAUAACUCAUGUGCAGACGUGCCAUCCGUGCGGCCUAAUUAUCCUCGCACAGCUGCGCAAUAUAGCUUGAGCAGGGCACACGUUACUCUGGAACCAACACCAGAGUCAAGCCCUGACUCUUGCAGCAUGCCAAGUACUUACGAACCUCUGCAAACUCAGAUUCCCUAUCCUCCAGGGAAUCAGCAUUAUGGAGCAAACAGCCAGUACACGUCUGGCGUUUAUGGCUCUAGUAGCCAGCCUAACAGUACCGUCGGUGUUAUAGAAAAUGUAAACACCAAGAGACUUCAGGGUCACCCGCUAAAAAGUUUCAGCGUACCAGCGCCGCCACCUCAAUCUGCGCCUUCGACUCCUGCUCAACAAAAGCAUGGAGUUUCGCAAGUCACUGUGAGGCCGACGGUAUCUGGUAGCCCGUACAAAAAACCACCGAUCACAACGACACAGAUAACGAAAAAUAGGUUGGCCACCGUUGUGAAUCCGACGCAUACAGCUGAAGAGGUUGAACGAUUAAAGCCCUCGUACAGCACGGAGGAAUUGAAUCAAGAAAUGGCGAAUUUAGAGGGACUGAUGAAAGAUCUGAAUGCCAUAACAGCGUCGGAAUUUGAGUGCUGAGAUAAAUUAAUGUGUCCCCAAAAACACGUGCCAUUUAAAACCGAAACUGAAAUUCAAACUGAAAGAAGAAGAAACAAGAAAGUGGUGACUAACGAAGACAUACGUUAAUAGCAAUAAGGCUAUCAUCGUUUACAUUAUUGUUACUAUUACUACUAUUAUGCACAUCGUGCGACAUUUAGCGAUCAUCUGAUAUCGCGGAGUGAUUACCUUUUAAUAGAUAUUAUUACUAUUAUUAUUAUAAUUAUUAUUAUUACUUUUGUAGCGUUGCUCAUUUUGUACUGCGUAGGUAAAUCGUACAACAUGAAAUACGAACGCAAGAAGAAAAAGAGAGAAAGAAAGGGCGAGAAUUAUCAUUCCGAAUUAACGGAUAGCCUCUUUUGUUAUUAACUUUGUUUCGAUAAAUUCUAUAUGAAUGUAUGUACCUAUAUCCAGUCACACUUGCCAAUUGAAAUUAGUUGGCCGAUUCAUAAUGAUUAUCAUAACUGCAGCUCAAACCUAGAAUAAAUCCGAUAAGAUAAUUGUUGCACAUGGAUCGGGGAGGUUCCAUUUCACUUUUCACAACGUUGUCACUGGAUCUGAGAUUUUUUUGGGAGUAUUCUUGAAUAAUGCUAACACGGAUAAACUCUAAUUUUUAGAAAUAUGAAAGAUAUUUAAUACGCGAACUUACAUGCUGAUAUAACAUCAAAGAAUUUUAAAAACUAAAAAACAACGCGUUCUUGCCUUCAGCUUUCAUCUUAAACUGACGAUGAAAGAAUCCCUCGAUAUCUGACGAGUGUACUUUUUUCUCGUUUUUUUAAAGCUAGAUUUAAUUUACAUUGAUAAUAUCUACUGGAAUAAUACAUAUUAUGUGAUACAACAACAACAAAACAUGAGAAAGGAUGGAGAAGAACAAACUUCACUGCCAUAUUUUAGUUUAUUUUACGAUAUGUGGUUUGUUGUGAUAUAAUCAUGUAUGCAAUCUUAGCCUAGUUACAGCUACUACACAGCAGAAUCUAAGAUAAUAUGGUGAUAUUGAAAGAUGAAAUUUAUGCGAAUUCAGAUUGUCUCUUUCAAUUAACUGAUAUACCUAUUUGGAAACUUUUGGAAACUUUUGGAAACUAAUAUGCUUUUCAAUUGGUACAAAGUUAUUCGUACAAGGCGUGCAUUAACUACUAAAUUCUUCCUUUGAUUCGUACUUUAGAAAAGUGUGAAGCGUAACGAACUGAUUAAAUAAUCAUUGUGACAAGCAACGAAACAUACCUAUAACAAUAUUUAGUAAACCCCGUCGAUCAUCGAUCGAACCGUAACGUCCACAACAUAUCUCCCAGCGGUUAUAAAUUUUAUCGAUCAAACGAACGGAUAGGUAGUUCAUAUUUCAAUUCUUAUUGCCAAACAAUAUCGCAGCUCAGCUUUUCACACGUUUACCGUAAUCAUCUCAGUCACCGUGUCGUGAUUUCAUUAAAAUUAUUUUUAUAUUUUCGCACUCUUGGAAACAGCACCAAGUAUCAAUUUUUAGAUCAAUUGGUCAACGGUGGUUGCCUUAAGAUUUUACGUUAUACGCAAAAGUAGAAAUUGAGGAAAAAGAAAAAUAGAAAGUAAUCCAUUUCUGGUUCACGUUUAUCUGCAUACUUCCGUGUUAGAAAUACAGCUUGAUAAUUAUAUAGUUCUCAUUGAUGUGUCGUUUUUCUUUUUUGUAUAUUGCGAAUCAUUACAGUUUAUGACCGUUCAAAUUCAUACAUACAUUUUAUAGUAUGAUUAUCAUUAACAUUGUUGAAAAAAUCUAGCUAACAAAAUGGAUUUGGGUAGUUCUUUCACCAGAAUCAACCCUGAAACAAGAAAAGUUAUUAAUAACAAAGCUAGACAAAUAUUUUCCAACUCUGUGUACAUCAGUUUAUUAUAUUAUAUUAUAUUACAUCUAUUGUAUUCUUAUUAUAAAAAUAUUAGAUAUCACUACCGAGCCAUUGCCCCAUAAUGGAUCUACUAUUUGACUUUACUGCCAUUUACUGCUGAUCGUGCAUUGAAUAUAUCCAAAAUACAAGUAUUGUAUAACAUGCUCGUUUAUAUCAAUUUGACGGUGUUGUUUCACAGGGAAUAUCGGUACAGAGAAAUCUUUUUGUGAUUGUAACCAUUCCCCCUCUCAAAAAAAAAAAAGAAAAAAAAAACGGCCAAGUAAUCCUUAAAAAUUUGCGAAUCGUUCUCGCCUCUUGACUUGGUCUGUUUUUAAUAUCUUAACAAAAACGUAUGUGUAUUUCCUGUGUGCUAUUACGAGUUAUAAUCAAAGAAAUAAUAAUUUAUCACUUUUGCUAUAUGCUUUUAUUGUCGAAUGACAAUUAUACAUAUGAUAUGCAUUUUUGUAACAUUUUUACAAUAACGUAAGAUAUACACAUUUUACGUACAAUUAAUGAAAAACACAUUUAAAAAAAACACGUAGAAGCUGUACAAAGGAAAAAAACAGAAAAUUCACAAGGAUCAAUAGGAUUAUGAUAAGCUUAGGCACUUUUUCAAUUACACUAAUACUAUAUUAUACAUUAUAGUAUAAAAUGUAUAGGAUUAAUAGUUAUACGUAACCAAUUGUACGUUAUAGAGGAAUACAUGACAUUUCUAUCGGGUAAUGUCUAAAAUUUGCCUUCAUGCUGUAUCGAGUUUUAGGUACAAAAACAUUUAUAUUUCGUACAUUUCCAAUCUACUUCAUCAUUAUAAUGUAUGUAUAUCAAUGAUUAAUCAAGUAAUUAAUAAUUGAUGCAAAUUAUUUUUAAUAUUUUAAGUUAAAAGAAUUUUGAAUGAUGAUUGUGCAACUCUAGCGAAAAAAUGAGAUAAUCGAUUAAUAUUCUACGAGCCUAUGUCGAUGGCCUAAUGAUGAUACUUUACCAUAAAAACAUUAAUUUAUGAUAGCUUAUACAUUUAUAUAUACGUACACGGUAUAUUCAUCUUUGGAGAAAUCACAAUCAUCAUUAUUAUUAUCCAUGCAACGGUGAUGAUAGUGAUAAUGAUGAUACCGAUAGUAAUUUUUACUAU